AUGAUAGGAAUCCCAGGAAAUCUAGCCAUCCUCUGUGCCUUCACCAAAGCCAUCUGCCAGCAAAACUUCACACCCAGCGAAAUCAUCCUGGGCAAACUUGCACUUGCCAACCUCCUGGUGAUCCUGACAAGGGGUGUCCCACUCACCCUCCAAGCAUUUGGAGUCCGUACCAUGUAUGAUGGUUUGACCUGUGGCAUUACUCUCUAUAUCUAUUGUGUCAGCAGAGCCAUGAGCAUCUUCUUAACUUCUAUGUUGGGCUGCUUCCAGUGUCUCCUAAUUGCCCCGUGUCCUUCCAGAUGCUUGCGGCUAAGGCAUAGCAUCCUUGAAAAACUCCCUUCCAUCAUGAUUUCCCUCUGGUGCUUCAACCUACUGGUCUGCUGCACCCGUUUGUUUUACUCUAUGCCUCACACUGGUACCAACUGCACUGAGGAAGAGCUCACCGUAGUGUAUGACUUUUGCUGUGUGGUGUUCCCUAGUCACCUCUUGUAUUUUGGAAAUGGAGCUGUAUUUGUCACCCGAGACAUGUUCUUCCUGGUGUUGAUGACCGUUUCUAGUGGCUACCUUCUCUUUGUUUUUCGGCAGCAUGGGAAUCUGAUGAAACGUUUGCCCAUGCUGCAGAUGAAACAUUCAGAGAUCCGAGCAGCAAAAUCGGUCAUGGGCUUGCUGGCCAUGUACCUUCUCAGCUUUGGGCUGGACAGUGUCUUCUGGAUGGUCAACCUUUGUGUAUCCCCAGUCUCAUUGAGGUUUGCAGAUGCCCGCAUGUUUUUUGACUCCUGCUACUCAGCUAUAAGUCCAAUGCUGAUUAUCCUAACAAACAGAAAGAUUCAAGCAGGUUUAAAGUGUGCUAUUGGGAAGAGGUAG